GCUCGCGGGGGCCUAGCAAGGCCGGGACGCAGGAGCGGAAGCGGGCGGCGGAGCAGGUUUCCGGGCGGACCGGGCCUGGGGACCGAGUUUGCCGCUGCACCGAGCGGAGCGGCCGGCCGGAGCAGAGAGGGAGCUAGUUGGGUGUCGCCAUGAGCCGCCUGCAGGAGGACGAUGAUCCCUACGUGAUCGAGGAGCCCAGCGAUGAGGAGCCGGGGCAGAGCAGCUCAGAAGAUGAAGUGGAUGUGCUUUUAUAUGGCACUCCCGAUCAGAAGCGCAAACUGAUAAGGGAGUGCCUUACUGGAGAAAGUGAAUCUUCAAGUGAAGAUGAGUUCCAAAAGGAAAUGGAGGCGGAACUAAACUGCACCAUGAAAACUAUGGAGGGCAAGUGGAAGUCACUAGAAACAGGUACUUCCUCAAGUACUGGACAAGCUGGAACAGUCACCACUACAAAGUACUAUGACGACAUUUAUUUUGACUCUGAUUCGGAGGAUGAAGAUAAAGUAGUUCAACUAUGUUCGCACAAAUUUCCCAGGUACACAGGCGGCCAGGAAAAAAAAAGACAUCAGCAGCGCCGGAUUCCUACUAACGAUGAGCUACUCUAUGAUCCAGAAGAAGAUGAUCGAGACCAAGAGUGGGUGGACUCUCAGAGACGAGGGUACCAAAAUAUAAGAAGAACUCAGCAGCAGCAGUCCAAACCUCCAGCCAUUCCAAACAGUGAUGCUGUUUUGAACUGCCCUGCUUGCAUGACUACAUUGUGCUUUGACUGUCAGAGACAUGAAUCCUACAAAACACAGUACAGAGCAAUGUUUGUGAUGAACUGCUCAGUUAACAAAGAAGAGGUUCUAAAAUACAAAGGCCCAGUGAACAAGAAGAUAAAGAAAGGGCAUAAGAAAAUGAAACACAGCAACGAGAUCACCACUGUGCAAGCAAAUCAGGAAGAGGAGGAAGUAUAUCAUCCAGUCAAAUGUACUGAAUGUUCAACUGAAGUGGCAGUCUUGGAUAAAGAUGAAGUUUUCCAUUUCUUCAAUGUUCUAGCAAGCCACUGUUAAUGUGGAAAAACAGCUGUGCUGUUUAAGACUGUAUGAAAUCUCAAAAAUGUGGACAAUAUUUUAUCCUUUAAAAAAAAACAAAAAAAAACCCUUUUAGUAUCAUUUGAAAAGAUUGAAAGAAUCUUUGUAAAACUUCAUGGAAGAGAUAUAGUUAACUGAUCAUAUUUGGGAGCAAUAUUCUGUCAGUCCCUCAGAUAAUGAUAAAAGCAUAGAGAGUUUAAAUUCAUGUACAUAGCAUGCCAUAUUUUUGUGUAUUAGAACCAUUGCUCAUGUACAUAUGCAAUAUGUUGACAUGUGUUAAACUGUUGCUUAGAAUAAAAACGCUGUAAACUAGA